AUGGAGGGCGAGGUGGAUGACGCGAGCUCACUGAAACAUGUCCAUCUGCUAAAAUGGCUACCGCAAAAGGAGAUCAUGAAAUUACCCAACAUGAAACUAUUGUUGGCUCAUGGCGGAUACAACUCUUUACUCGAGACAGCGCAGAAGAUCAAUGCGAUGCGAGCACAACGAUUUGGAAUAGCCAGGGUACUGGACAAACUCAGACUCACUCCAGAAAUUGUCCACGAAGCUAUCGCUGAUGUGCUUGAGAAUGAGAAGUAUGUUGAGUUCUUUUAA